GAGAGGGAGGAGCAAAUCCCAGUGAAGAGAAGAAAUCAGCUCUUACGAGUCUUGAAUAUAUUUCAUGAGCUUCUAUAUAAAGACACAACAGUCUCAGUAAAAAGGAUGUAGUAAUAAGGAUUUCUGCAGCUGGAUAAUAAGACAUGGGCCAGCUGUAAUGGAGUUCAAAAGAGGAAAAACUUUCAUAAAAUCUAGCAUGCAUCUGACUCAUGAGAAGCUACCUUUAGUGCACAUAAAUACUAGAGAAAAGGAUAAUGUCAAAGCGGACAUAAAAGAGAAAAGCCAGCCUGAAAUUCAAAAAGCAACUUUUUCUGAAGAUAAAAAUGGCAGUUUUUCCAACAGAUUAACAAAAAUUGGCUCUAGUGAGAGUAUACUGUUGCUACCCCAAUCUUUCUAUAAGCCUGUUAAGAAAAGCAAAACACAUGACUGUGUUCUAGGAGGAAUAAACAAAACUGAACCAUGUAAUUACAAUAAUGAAAAUUCUGAAGAAGAACAUUUAGCUUCUGAAAAAAGCAAAGGGAGACUCAUCAAUAGUGCCAGUUUUUCUGGGCUUGGAAACUCCCAGCAUUCUAGUGGCAAGAAAGAAUCUAUGGUCAACUCAAGCCAUUUUUUGAACAGCCCGCAACAGAUGAUUGAUUACCGCAACUUUGUACCCCAAAUGCCCUUUGUGCCAGCUGUUGCCAAAAGCAUACCUAGGAAGAGAAUUUCCUUGAAACGGUCCAAAAAAGGUUUCAGAGAUAUCUUUCAUAUUAAAAAAAAUAAGCCUGAGAAUAUUGCCUUGUUUUCAGAAAAGCAAAAAAGGGCAUUUCCAGGCUACAAGUCAGAAUUGGCAGGAAAGUUUGGUAAAUAUUUAUUCAAAGCUGGUGAAACCUUUUCUACUGAUUGCUUGGCACAAGACUUAUCUGAUGGUGAGCUUCAGUCUGAGUCUUCAUAUGAAUAUUCAAGUACGUUGUGUGAAGAUGUUGCUUCCUUGAAAAGCUUUGAUUCUCUCACGGGAUGUGGAGAAAUCUUUGCAGAUGAAAGUUCUGCUCAUAUGGAAUUGGAGGUCAACAAAGAAAUUUUGUUUAGACAAUCUCACCAAAAAGAGAAUCCUGCCAUGGGUUCCUUUCAAGGAGGAGUAGAGCAGCUUGCUUCCCCAGCUCAAAAUGAAGCAGCUGAUUUUUCAAAACUUUGGGACAACAUCAAUAAAUCUGUGCAAUUGCACCAGAAGACAUUGUUUGAUAGGAGUUUGCUGACAAUACCUAGCAGUGAGUUGGAAAAAACAAAGAAGGAAGCCAAAGGCUCAGUGACUGACUUGCUUUCUUCCCCUGAUUCUUCUAAAGAAAGUUCCAUAGAUACAGGGACCCCAAAGAGUGACAACCAGGAAUCUAUGUCCACUAGUGAUGAAGGAUACUAUGAUUCAUUUACUCCUGGGCAUGAUGAUGAAAUAAGGGAGGUUCAAUCCCCUGGAACACCAACUCAGUUUCCAAGAGACAGUUACAGUGGAGAUGCCCUAUAUGAACUAUUCUAUGAUCCUAAUGAAGAUCAAAUCAGUCCAGUUCUAGAUGAUGAUUUAUGCUUCUCUGAAAGCAUUUCAGAAAAAGCAGUUGAGAUACCUUUAUCAAUUUACAGCUUUCAUGUAGGGUCAGAAGAAAAUAUGGCUUCCCAGCCAACCAUUGAUAUAAUCAGUCAGGGAUUUCUUCACAGCACAUGGAAGGGCAAAGAAUGCUUGCUUAAGUUAUGUGAUACUGAGCUUUCCCUGACCAUGGGGAUUAUCAAUUGGCUGCGAAAAAAACCAGGGCUGUUUUCCCCCCAAGACUUUCCUAACAAUCCUCAGACACAUAUGAGAAAAGAUGAUGAGUCAGUGUCUCAAUGCAUCCCAGAUUUUAAGGAAAAUAAAAGCAAUCCAGGGGCAUCUUCAACUGAUAGCAAAAGUAGAAUCCAGACAUAUUCAAUAGAAAGAACUGAACAUGAUCAAAAUGAUAUCCAUGCGUGUAGCUUUCUAGAAAGAGAAGAAAAUGUGAAUGUCAUGUCUGAGCUCAUAAUUGACAAUGGCAUACCAGGUGACAGACAAAGAGUAGAGGACAGUUGGGAUGAACUAUUGGUAAAUUCAUCUGAAAUGAAGGCGGCUCUCUCAGAAGAAUGUACAGAUAUUAGCAUCGAAUCUUUGCCACUAGAAGUCUCAAAUGAAGAUUCAGUUUGUCAUGUUGUUAUGGAUAAUCAUGAUGCAGAAUCAUGUUCUUCUUACAUGACUGCAGCAACUUCUCCAGAUUCUCUAGAGCCCGAAGAUGACAGUGAAUCAAAGAAUCAAUCCUGGUCUGUUGAAUGUAAGGAUCCAAUGGAGCCAUUGAGCCUCUGUCAUUCUCAAGGUCCCAUUGAUGAGACUUUAGAGGAGAAUAAUACUCACAUAAUGCAGCUUUUAGAACAUUGUGUUACUCAAGCUGCUUCUUUAAAGAUUGGUUAUGAUUCUAAAAACAAGCCUUUCAAAGGGACUAGCAAUGAAGUGAGCAAUGACAUAGCGACAACAACUCAAUUUAAAAAACAACCUCAGUUGCAAAAUGAACAUAGUGACAUAACCCCAAAGCCAAAGUAUGUUCUUGGCCAUCAUGCAAGUCAAUAUAAUGUCCAAACAACAAUUGAUGCCAAGUCUUCAUAUCUUAGGAGUCAGAAAGAAAAUACAAUUUGUUCUGAAGAUGAAAAAAACUUAAGUAUCUUAGAUCGUGUGGGUCAAAUUACAAAGAAUAAACUAAUGUUUGAAUAUGCUCAACUGAAUAGUCAAGCCUUGUCUUAUAUAAAAGAUUUCAGAGUUGAACUUAAUACUCAGAAGUCUUCUUCAAUGUCAGACAUUUGCAGACCUACAUUUUUACCAUUCUUCAGUUCCAUUUGCUCAGAUUCAGCCAAUCAAUUUUCCCAAUCUUUCUGCAAAAGGUUCCGUUCAUUGGGGAAGGAUUCAUACAAUCAAGGGAUUAUACAACCUGACCUGCCUUUUGAUGGCUAUUCAAAAUUACAGUGUAAAGUAUUACCACAGGUUCCUUCACUUUCACUUUCAAAGGAUGAUGUCAAAGAGAGGACAAUAAUGGAGAAAAAUCAAGAGUAACUGGCUGAAAUAAGGUACAACUCUAGAGAAAGGUGCCCUUCCUCUCCAUUCUAUAAAAAUGAAUUUCUCAUCAAGUGAGGUAAGAAACUGGUGCCAACAAUGACAGAGAACUAAUGAAGAUACAACUGUGGAUAAUCGUGUUCCUCUUAAUCUCCUACCAGAAGAAUUUGGAUUUAAAUAAUCAUAGUACCUUCUUAACAUUUUGUUAUUUUAUUCAUUGAAUGCAUCUGACAAAUGAAAGGAGACACCCUAGAUUCAGGAACUGGUUCUGCUGAGUCAAAUGUAAAUACCUUUUAUUUUUAGAAUAUAGGUAUAUCCUUUCCUCAUAAUUCUCUUUAAUGUGGGCAAUUUUGAGAAAUUUCAGAACAUGUAAGGAUGUAUGCCAUGAUACCUUUUAAAAACAAUGCCCCAGCCCAGCUAAGAUUGUUGUUUGCAUAUGAAGGAUUCAAAUGAAUGUAUUCCUAAAUGUUUAAGGAUUUCUGCAUGCAAAUGGGUGCUUCAUAACUUUUUCACAUAGCUGGAAACCUUGCUGAGAAACAAGAGCUAAUAUGAUGAUAAUCAGCAAUGGAUCUGCAUCCAGCUUUCACUUUUCUUCUUUCCCAUCCACCACAAAUGGCUGAUAAAGUUCUUGAUUGUACUUCAUGUCACAAAUGAGUCUUGUUUCAGAUCAGGAAACGACUCCUAAAGAGCCAUGGCAAUAUGUAUGUAAUACUGGAUUAAACACCAUCUUCCAUUGAAAUACAGUUUAACACUAUUGGUUAUACUGUGAUUUACCAUUGUGCCUGAUUUUAAUCAUUUGAGUCCAUGUGUUUUCAUCUACGAUACAGCUGAUGCACCCUAUUCAGACCAAACUACUAUAUACGUAAUAUCAGCCAUUAGAGGUAUUUAAAAACCCAUCUCCUGAAUUUGAUAGGAAAACUGGAAUGGAGAAUGAGAUUCAAGCAGCAAAUGUUAUAUAUGUGAGAACUUCCCUUCUAUAUAUGCUCUUGAAGUUUCUUGGUGUCAUCCCCUACCUAUUUUUAUUUCCAUCUCUCACUUCCCAUAUCAGAAUCUCUGUUGGGAAGAGGGAGUUACCAUAGUUGGAUUUCAAAAACAAAUGCCAGGUCACUAUCUCAUGUUAUGGGAGCAAAUGACAGAGCAGUGAACAUCAGGAGGAUUGGAGGUAGUUAUAGAGGGGUUCUCUGUUCUUAUUUUAAAAGCACAGUGUAGUCAAAGUUUGGUCAACUGAGCACGAGCAUGGUUUUCUUAAUAUUUUUCUUUGAAAAUAUCAUUCUUUGGUACCAGAACAUGGUGCCUAUUUCCAAGAGAGUUUGAGCUUAUAGCUAAAGUUACAUCUAAAGUUACAUCUAGAAGAGUUUAUUGUAAGAGUCUAAGAUUAUCUAGAUGCCUCAAUGGCUGGGAAAAAAGUGUCUCCUGAGAGCUGUGAGUGAGUUUAGUUUUGUGUCUCAGACUUGGCACUCUUUUUGUUCAUCAGAACCCCACUUAGAUAUGAUCUGACUUAUUAAAUAUGAUGAAUUGUAAAUAGAAUCUCUGUUGCCAUAAAGUCUUUCUUUAAAUAGGAGAAUGUUCUGCAAGAGUUUCAUUUCCAGCACGGAUUUACAGUAUUGUAUUAGUUCCAGUCAUACAGGAUAUAAUUUUUCUUUCUAUAAUAUCAGCCAAUGCUAACAUGAUUGAAGAAAUUACACGUGAAACAGCAGCAAUAAAAAGAUAUGUGCACAGACAAAUGCUGCUUUGGAGCUUGGCAACAAUGAUGACCCUGUUCUAAUUCAUGUACUCUGGAUAUAAAAGAAAAUUCAUGCCAAGACUACAAUAUCUGAAUGUUCACUUAAUGUUGCAAUAUGUUUUGCAC